AUGAAGCUCUGGACCGCGCUGCUGCUGGCCGGGCUCGCCAGCCUGGCCACUGCCCGCCCCGUGGAGGAGCCGAGUUCGGAGGGGCUCCUGGCGGAGCUCGGCAACCUGCUGGACCCCGCGGUGCUGCAGGAGGCCGAGGAGAAACCCCUGGAGCUGCUGGACCCCCACGAGGAACCCCUGGAGCUGCUGGACCCCCACGAGGAACCCCUGGAGCUGCUGGACCCCCACGAGGAACCCCUGGAGCUGCUGGACCCCCACGAGGAACCCCUGGGGCUGCUGGGGUCACUGUUGCCGCUGGACCCCAACGAGGAGCCCCAGGAGCUGGAGGAUCCUGAGGUGAGCCCCGAGGAGCCCGAGGAACCGGAGGAGAGCCCCGAGGAGGCCGAGGAACCCGAGGAGAGCCCUGAGGAGCCCGAGGAACCCGAGGAGAGCCCCGAGGAGUCUGAGGAAUCUGAGGAGAGCCCCGAGGAGUCUGAGGAAUCUGAGGAGAGCCCCGAGGAGUCUGAGGAACCCGAAGCCAGCCCUGAGGAAUCCGAGGAUCCUGAAGAGAGCCCUGAGGAGUCCGAGGAAUCUGAGGAGAGCCCUGAGGAGCCUGAGGAACCCGAGGAGAGCCCCGAGGAGCCUGAGGAACCUGAGGAGAGCCCUGAGGAGUCUGAGGAGAGCCCUGAGGAGUCCGAGGAGAGCCCCGAGGAGGCCGAGGAACCCGAGGAGAGCCCUGAGGAGCCCGAGGAACCCGAGGAGAGCCCUGAGGAGUCUGAGGAACCUGAAGCCAGCCCUGAAGAGUCCGAAGAUCCUGAAGAGAGCCCCGAGGAAUCCGAGGAAUCUGAAGAGAGCCCAGAGGAGUCUGAGGAACCCGAAGAGAGUCCAGAGGAGUCUGAGGAACCUGAAGCAAGCCCUGAGGAGUCUGAGGAAUCUGAGGAGAGCCCUGAGGAAUCAGAGGAUCCCGAAGCGAGCCCUGAGGAGUCAGAAGAUCCCGAAGAGAGCCCCGAGGAAUCAGAGGAUCCUGAAGAGAGUCCCGAGGAGUCAGAGGAGCUCAGCGUGGACCCGAAUGUCCUGGUGGAACUGGCAGAAAAACUGAAAGAGGCGCAGGAAGGCGAGAAGAACGAGGGGAUCCUGUCGCAUCUCAUGGACGCGAUUAACUGGCUGGUGACCCAUCUGAGCAAACACGUGUUCGGGUGAGCAGUGAGCACCGUGAGCGCUGCCCCAGGGCCGGGGGCGGAUCCCGCUCCCCCCGCCGAGCUCCCGGCUCGUCCCGCGGCU